CUCAGCACUGACCAAAUCAUUUUCGAGCACACAGUGAAGCCACAGCUGAUAGAAUAAUGUCUCUCCACAGCCUCUGUGUGCCAGCCGUUCUCCUCAUAAGUGUCCUGUCCGUCUGCUUACCAUCAGGAGGUUCAUCUGACAGCAAACUUCACAGGAUUCUCAUCAAACGAGAUGCAAAAGAGAUAGAAAGCAGGCCUAAAGCAUACAUUUCAGUUCAGCAAUCCAAGGCUAAAGAGUUCCUGUCAGCUCUUCACAGGACUAAAAGAAAUGUGUGGGACCGAAGCCGACCCGACGUCCAGCAGUGGAUCCAGCAAUUCAUGUACAUGGGCUACGAUGAGGCAAGACUCGAGACUGACCUCUCUUAUUGGAUGGACCAGGCUAGAUCAAAUGACCAGGGCCGACAGCAUCAUCACGAUGAGAACGCACCGAUGAGCCAACAGGACCCCAGAUAUAACAGACAUGGAGCCAAUGUUAAUUAUGAUUACUAUUAAAAACCCUGCUGAGCUAACAUAACCUAUGUUGCAUAUACAGUCUUACACAAAAGUUUAGCCACCCCUUGAUAAAAAACAGAUUUUGGUCAUUUUUUAAUUGAAAAGAUCUUAACACAGUUUCCCUUGGAAAUGGAAAGAAUGCACAAUAUUUUCAUCAAACAUCGAUCCAUAGUUACGUUUUAUCCCAUAAAUUGAACAAAAAUAAAAACAUUAUGGCAUUGUGCAAAAGUUUGGGCGCCCUAAGAGUUCCAGUGUCUUUGAUUAUUUUCACAAGGUUUCAGAUCUUAAUCAGCUUGUUAGAUCUUAUGCGUGGCAACAACUGUCAUUAGUAAACACCAAUUUUAAAGCUUUACAAAUACUUUGCCUCUUCAAACCUUGUGCACACACUUGUGGACACUCACCAACCAUGGUGGGAACCAUGUUUUAGCAAACAUCAAUGCAUCUUAUGCCAUAAAUGAAACAAAAAUAAAAAAUAAAAACAUUAUUAUGGCACUGGGGAAAAGUUUGGGCACCCUACAUAAUAGAGAUAUUAAAACAGAUAUCACACCCUGUGAUAAAUAAACAGCUCUAUUAUGAUAUCCACAAAUUUUCAAGGAUGUUUAAAUCAGGACACUGUGAUGGUGAUGACCAUUGCAAAAUCUUCAGCUUGCAUCUCUUGAGGUAUUCCACAGUGGAUUUCGAGGUAUGUUCAGGAUCAUUGUCCUGUUGUAGAAGCCAAACUCAUUUUAGCAUCAGCUUUUUUACAGAUGAUGAGAUGUUUGUUUCCAGAAUUUGCUGGUAUUAAGUGGAAUCCAUCUUUCCCUCCACCCGUGGAAUGUUUCCUCUGCCCCUGGCUGAAACAGAGCCCUAAAGCAUGAUACAUCCACCCCCAUGCCUAAUAGUUGGUGUUCUUUUCAUGAAAUGCUGCUCCAUUUUUUUCUGCAAACACGCCAUUGCUAAUUGUGGUUAAAGAGUCCUAUUUUAACUUCAUCAGUCCACCGCACUUGAUUUUAAAAGGCAUCAGGCUUCUGUAGAUGUUUUGUUGCAUACUUCUGACAUUGGAUUUUUUGACGAGGAUGCAAGUUUUCUUCUCCUGACUCUUCCAUGAAGGUCUUAUCUGUGCAAGCAAUGCAGCACAGUAUAACAGUGCACCACCACUCUCAAACUGAAUCUUCCUGCAGGUGUUUUUUUUGCUGUCAAACGAGGAUUUUGAUUUAUUUUUUUGACCAGCAUACAAGAAAUUUUCUCCAGGGGUUUUCUUGGUCCUCCAGAUUUCAUCUUGACCUUCAUCUCCUAAAUACAUUUCCCACUGUGGAAACUGCAAGUUGCCAAUGCUUUGCUUUCUUAUUGUAGACUUCUCAGGCAUUGUGGGGAUCAAUAACUUUCAUUUUCAGAGUCUCCACAGCUGCUUAGAGGAACCCAUGGAUGGUGAGUGUCCACAAGUGUGUGCACAAAGUUUGAAGAGGCAAAGUAUUUGUAAAGCUUUAAAAUUGGUGCUUACUAAUGACAGCUGUUGCCACGCAUCAGAUCUAACAAGCUGAUUAAGAUAUGAAACUUUAUAACAAUAAUCAGAGACACUGGAACUCUUACAGCACCCAAACUUUUGCACAGUGCCAUAAUAAUGUUUUUAUUUGUGUUUAAUUUAUGGAAUAAGAGGUAACUAUGCAUCGAUAUUGUGCAUUCUUUCCAUUUCCAAGAGAGACUGUCUUAUCAUGUUUUCAAUUUAAAAUCACCAAAAUCUGUUGUUUAUCAAGGGGUGGCUAAACUUUUGCAUAAAACUGUAUGAUAUCUCUUUUUUUAUUGUGUAAUUAGAAUUACACAAUCGCUUGAGAGGAAACAAAUCAAGACUGGAUACCCUGCAGGCACAGGACAUCAACAUGACGUUAUAUUGACAAUGUACCCCAACUUCGUGGAGAUGUUGGAUUUUGUUUGGAAAAGUAAAUCAGGUUGACAUCAGAACCCAAUGUCCAACCUAAAAUCAACCUAAAAUCAACCAAAUAUCAACGUCUAAUCUGGUUACACCUUGACGUUGUGUGGAUGUUACCACUAUGACAUCUAUCAGACAUAUAUAACCUAAACCUACAAAUUAACCAAAUAUGAACGAAAUUUGACGUCAUUAUUGGAUGGCAAAAUAACCUUAGACUCUUGCCAGACCUUAAAUUUUGGUCACCUGACGUCAUGACCUAAAUCUAACCUAAUAUUAAUGUCUUAUGAUGUCAUGUGGUAUGAGUGUAAAUGGGUGUGUAAGGAUGUUUCCCAGAGAUGGGUUGCAGCUGGAAGGGCAUCCGCUGCGUAUAAGUUGGCGUUCAUUCCGCUCUGGUGACCCUGGAUUAAUAAAGGGACUAAGUCGAAAAGAAAAUGAAAGAAAGAAAGAUGUCAUGUGUGGGCUGUACGGUGGAGCAGUAGGUAGUACAUUCGCCUCACAGCAAGAAAGUUGCUGGUUCGAGCAUCGUCUGGGUCAGUUGGCGUUUCUGUGUGGAGUUUGCAUGUUCUCCCCGUGUUGGCGUGGGUUUCCUCCGUGUGCUCUGGUUUUCCCCACAGUCCAAAGACGUGUGCUAUAGGUGAACUGGGUAGGCUAAAUUGUCCGUAGUGAAUGAGACAACACAACCUAAAGUUAACCAAAUAUCAACAUAAUUUGGCAUCAUUAUUGGACAUCAAAAUAACAUUGUCCUUAGACGCUGACUAGACCUUGAAUUUUGGUCACUUGAUGUCACGACCUAAUUCUAACUUAAUAUUAACAUCUUAUGAUGUUGUGUGCCUGCUGGGUGGAGAGUGGAAUGAAUGCACAGUAAAUAAACAUAUGAGUGCAUUCAGUCUUUCACUGUACUACAUAUGGACUGUAUUGCAUGUAUAUAUAAUCAUAGUUUGAAGUGCGACAUUUUGAAUGAAAUGUGAAUAAAAUUGCCAUAAAAUACA